CUCAGAGUCGUCAGAAAUCUUCCGCCGAUCAUCAUCGACGAGACAUUCAGUUCGAGGUUGGCGAGCCAGCCUUUCUCAGAGUUCGUCCGAUUCGCGAAGUUGUGCGAUUCGGAAAGAGAGGGAAGCUGCACCCUCGAUUCAUCGGUCCGUUCGAGGUUCUCGAACGAGUAGGUGAGGUCGCGUAUCGUUUAGCUCUACCUCACGAGUUAUCAGGCAUUCAUAAUGUAUUUCACGCAUCAAUGUUGCGUAAGUAUGUGUGCGACCCCGAUCAUGUCAUUCCUCAUUCAGAUAUUCAGGUUCAGUCAGAUCUUUCGUACGAGGAGCGACUGGUAGCUGUUCUGGACCGUCAUGUUCGUCGGCUCCAGAAGCGAGAUAUUCCCCUCGUGCGCAUUCA